UACGCAAACGAUUUUACAACCCAUGGCCAUUGCCCGGUUAGAUUUUUUUUUCCUAAUACGAUUGGUUUCGGUUACAGGCGUGAGCUACGUAAAACGCGGUAUAACACACGUUUGCUCACCGCCUAUUAGCGAGUUACAGUUAAUUAAGAGUACGGUACCUACACGUGCGUAGGAGACCGCGACGUUGCGACAUACCUACACGUGGCACGCGCACCGGAAACCAAGUCCGUAAGGGAUUAUCCCGCUACUCGAGCGGCCCACCGGAUGUAGUACCUAUUGGUGGGCCGUAUAAGUGACGGCCGUAUAAGUGACGGCUACCCGGAGCACAGGGAAGGAAUAUCGGUCGUGCGUGUGUGUCGCUGUUUAGCGGUUACGUAUUUCUCGCGCUGCGCCCCGGGUUCGUGUAUGCGGCUGUGCGUUGCGCCGUCAGGUCAAGAAAACAACAACACGACGCUUGCACCACUAUUCGGUGCCCAUUUAUUUCGUCACACACACACACACCACUAAUCGCCGACAUUUGCCGCAUACGCGCGCAAACGCAGAAGGUCACGCGAGCCGGGCGGACAAACAUCCGUCCGCCGCGCUGGCACGCAACCUCGCGUCACGAUACAACCACCCUCGAAAAUCGAUAACCCUCCCACGCCUUUUUCCCCGUCGAACACCGUGCGGCUUUUGGACCCCCAGGAACGGCGGCGGGACGCCUAUCACAAUAAACGCGGUCGCAAUCCCCGGGAAACCGACGCGCGGCCGCAUUAGUAUCAACACUAUAGCGCGUAGUACAGCACUUGGGCGCCCGACUGACGUCGUUGUUUUUUUAUUUCGCUCCUCCGUACGCGCUCUCGCGAUUAGUGACACCAUCUUAGCAGUUUUUAUGCCACGCAGUGAUCGCAACAACGUAACGUAGGAUAUCACGUCGGUUCCUUACGCGGAGAAUCAUACACAUGCGUUGUAAACAAAAGAGAAAACAACGUAUAUAAAAAAAAAAAAAAAAAAGCGUUCAGUGAUAACUGAUAAGGGUUGUGGUUCGUCGGGCAGUACGUGACGGCGCCCGCGUAGACAGUUUGAAACGCGUGAACGGCGAAGCGACGUAACCCCGAGCGCAAUGAAACGGCGCGGCCGCUAUUGAGUUUGGAAACGGUGUUCGGUCGAACGGAUCAGCUCACGUAACGCAACUGCAACCCGCACCAUGUCGGAUCAUUCGUCACUGGUGGCCACGUUCAGAGAAAAACUGCGACCCAGAUACUACGGCAAGUCCAGUGGGGCGAACAGUCGUUACAUCAAAGAAAACGUGUACUUCAACGGCAUAGCCCUGAAAGAGUCGCUGCUGCACGACAACGAGUACCAAGAAACGCAGACUCCGAAGCGCAUGCUGCUCGGCCACGGCAACAGGAAAACGGCCGCCGUCUUGUAUCCGAACAACAACAACAAAUGCUUCGAACUGGAAAAGGGCUGUUUCAUUUACCAGAAUCCUACUAGCCACUACGGCGACAACGAUUUUGUCCACAAGUUUACGGACAUGUCGUUGAUCGACGAGCUCGGAGUGGUCAACAGUAAUUACACGCAGUCCUUGGACACCAACACGUACAAACUGAAAAAAACCGAUCGCGAAGAAAUUCGUAAACGUUUGGUCGAAGGUUACCAUAACACUAGGAAAUCGACCAAAAAAUCAAGUUUAGAAUCUAGAUUACAAAAUGGUUCAAAUCUUCAACUAUGUUUUAUGAAUGAACAGUCUUCAGACACUGAAUUGCCAAUAAAUGAUUGUGACAUUUCAGCUGAAGAUGAGAAACUUAAAUCUUCUGCUGAACUAAAACAAGGCUUAAGUUUAGCCAAAAAUCGAGCUAGAGCACACAUGAUUUCAGAUCAGCGAAAUUGUGUAAUUUCAGCUGUAAUUAAAGAGAGUCUUUCAAAAGUUGGAGUCAAAUUAGAUAAUGAUAGAAGACGUGUUAGUAGACAUUUUCUAAUGCGUUUGAAUUUGGCACAGUUACAAGUUAUUGUAAAUGAUCUACAUUCUUACAUCGAAUAUUUAAAUGAAAGUCUAGUAAAUUUAUUACUAGAAAGAGACGAACUACAUAUGGCAAAAGAUUCCAUGUUAGUUGACAUUGAAGAUUUGAAACACGUUACACGCAUGUCCUAUUAAUGUAAACCAUUAGGUACUUUUUUGAACAUAUUUUUAUUUUAAAUAUUAAUAUUAAAAGUGCGUAUUAUCUUAAAAACAUUAGAUAUUUGUAGUACUGUAGUGUCGGAAAUCAUAAAUUACAUCAAUGUCGCGUCCAAAAAUAUAUUUAAAAUUAAGUUAUUAGAUAAUUAAAAUUUAUGGUUAGUGCUUAGAUUAUAUCCAUACCUACUUAAAUUGUUUUUAUAACGUUUUAUUUUCAUAUUUUCUACUAAUACUAUUAUUAUUAUACCAUUAUAUUAAGUGUAAUUGAUUUAGUACUUAAUUAAAGUAUUUUCAUAAAAACGAAAAUACUUGCUAAAAUGUAAUCAUUAUCUUGAUGUGUUUUGAACCCUCACACUCAACAUAUGGAACUUGAGUUCUUUUAAU